AUGAAGGGAUCAAUCUCGUACCAGAUCUACAAGGGAGCUCUCCUGCUCUCGUCUCUGCUGAGCUCAGUAUCAGCCCAGGGAGCCGGUACUCUCACUCCCGAGAACCACCCUUCCUUGAGCUGGUCCAAGUGCUCUGCCGGUGGAAGCUGCUCUGCUGUCAGCGGUAGCGUGGUCAUUGACGCCAACUGGCGUUGGGUUCACGACAAGAGCGGCACGAACUGCUACACCGGUAACACCUGGGAUGCCACUCUGUGCCCCGAUGACAAGACCUGUGCCGCCAACUGUGCUGUCGAUGGUGCCAACUACGCUAGCACCUACGGUGUGACCACCAGCGGUGACUCUCUGCGCAUCAACUUUGUCACCAACGGCGGCCAGAAGAACAUUGGUUCCCGUCUGUACCUGCUGGAAAACGACACCACCUACGAGAAGUUCAACCUCCUCAAUCAGGAGUUCACCUUCGACGUCGAUGUCUCCCACUUGCCUUGCGGCCUGAACGGUGCCCUCUACUUCGUCGACAUGGACGCUGACGGUGGUAUGGCCAAGUACCCUACCAACAAGGCUGGUGCCAAGUAUGGUACUGGAUACUGUGACUCUCAGUGCCCCCGUGAUCUCAAGUUCAUCAACGGUGAGGCCAACGUUGAGGGCUGGACUCCCUCCACCAACGACCCCAACUCGGGUAUUGGUGACCACGGUACUUGCUGUGCUGAGAUGGACAUCUGGGAGGCCAACUCUAUCUCCGAGGCUCUCACUCCUCACCCUUGCGACACUCCCGGACAGACCAUGUGCUCGGGCAACUCCUGCGGUGGUACCUACAGCACUGAUCGCUAUGGUGGCACUUGCGAUCCUGAUGGAUGUGAUUUCAACCCUUACCGCCAGGGUGCGACUGGCUUCUAUGGUGCUGGCAAGACCGUUGACACCACCGCUCCCUUCACCGUGGUCACUCAGUUCCUCACCAGCGACGGUACCUCAUCCGGUACCCUGAACGAGAUCAAGCGUUUCUACGUUCAGAACGGCAAGGUGAUCGGUCAGCCCCAGUCCACCGUGGCUGGUGUCACCGGCAACACCAUCACCGACUCCUACUGCAAGGCUCAGAAGGCCGCCUUUGGUGACACUGAUGAAUUCACCAAGCACGGUGCCUUGGCCGGUAUGGGUGCCGCUUUCGAGGAGGGUAUGGUUCUGGUCAUGAGUCUCUGGGAUGACCACAACUCCAACAUGCUGUGGCUCGACAGCACCUAUCCUACCGACUCCACUGCCCUCGGUGCCAAGCGUGGAACAUGCGACAUCUCCUCCGGUUCUCCCGACGUUGUCGAGAGCCAGGAUGCCAACUCCUAUGUUGUCUUCUCCAACAUCAAAACUGGUCCCAUUGGCUCCACCUUCAACAGCGGCUCCACUGGUGGCAACGGCGGCUCUAGCACCACCACCACCACCAAGGCUCCCGUCACCACCACCACCCGUACCACCACCACUAGCCAGCCUACCACCACUGCUGGCUCUGGCUCCGGUGGCAGCGGUGCUGCUCACUACGCUCAGUGCGGUGGUAUUGGCUACUCCGGUCCCACCACCUGUGUCAGCCCUUACACUUGCACCAAGCAGAACGACUACUACUCCCAGUGCCUGUAA